CGCCCUCCGUCGAGCCACUGCCGCCCUCCGUCCUUGUAACCACUGCUCUCCUCUUCCGCGAGCUCGGUCCAACCCUCGUCUUCAUAUUCUCGGCGUCGUUGUCAACUCGUCAUCUUCUCUCCAUCGUCUGGUCGGCGUCUUCUGUUAAUCAACGGUCGGUCGGCGUCGUCUUCGAAGCGAAUGCAUGUCUCGCUUCCGUGAGCCCAAGGACUGCGAGCUCCUCCGCGAGAAACCCUCAUCAUCAAUGGAUCCUCAAGCUGAGCCAGUUAGCUACAUCUGCAGAGAUUGUGGUAUGGAGAAUACGCUGAAACCAGGUGAUGUUAUACAGUGCAGAGAGUGUGGUUACCGUAUCCUUUACAAGAAGCGCACUCGUCGCAUUGUCCAGUAUGAGGCACAUUGACGUUAACAAAAACUGCUGUGGCGUUGGCAAGUAUUUUCGAAUGCAACCGUUAAAGACUUGUAAUGAAAUUGUGAUGUGAAUGUGCUGCGCUGUUUUAGUGCAGUCUUACGAAACUAAAAUUUAACCAUUAAUGAUCCUUCGAGUCUUGAACUAUUAAAAUGAUUAGUACUUUUUAAAACAAA